AUGCUCAUGGUCCUUGGGAGCGGAAGGCUUCCAGAUUUUCAGCCAGGAUAUCUCUUCCCGACAGUGCCCGAUGCCAAACUGGGGGUCGAUCCCUGCGCCUCGCUCCGUGUGGAUGCCAAACUCGGUACUCCGAAGCCUGCGAACCGAGAGCUGGUUCUAGUGACUGGUGGAUCAGGCUUCAUUGGAAGCCACCUCGUCGAGCAGCUACUGGAGCUGGGAUACCGCGUGCGUGUCUUCGACAACCUGGAAACUGGAAAUCUCCAAUUCCUGGACCUCCGCCACCCGCGCCUCCAGUUUGUUUUGGGAGACAUCCUCGACAUCGAGGCUCUAAGGAGAGCCAUGGUGGAUGUACGUGGUGUUUUCCACUUGGGUGCAGCCAGCAAGGUCCUGCCGUCUCUGAAGAACCCUGCCAUGGGGACCUUUAACGUCGAGCGCAACUCCGUUGGAACGAGCCGGGUGCUAGAGGCAGCUAACGAAACCAUGAUGGUGCGCAAAGUCGUGUAUGCAGCAUCUUCUACAUACUACGGCAACCAGGGCGUGCCGUUCGCGGAGACGGACCCAUUCAUGCCUACCUCCCCAUAUGCAGCUUCAAAGUAUAUGGGCGAGUUGGUCAUGCUCACCAACGACGAGCUUUACAAGCUGCCGACCUUGUCCCUCCGCUUCUUCAUGGUCUAUGGACCACGGAAUCCUGCCCAUGGUGCAUAUGCCAUUGUAACUGGGAAGUUUAUCGACCGCCUGAAGAAAGGACUGCCUUUGGUGAUAGAAGGUGACGGACGAAAUUUUCGCGAUUUUGUUCAUGUGAAAGACGUCGCACGAGCGUUGAUACUGGGUUAUCAGGGUGACGUUCAUGGGACGUCUAUCAACAUCGGCUCCGGUGAGAAGCACUCUGUCAAGGAGGUCGCGAAUCUGGUGUCGGCAAACCAGGAACAUGUAGCAGCUCGGAGGAACGACCUCCUCGGUACUCUGGCGGACACGUGCAGAGCGAAGAAGCUGCUGAACUUUGCCGUACAGCACGACUUCCUCUUCAGCAUGCAGGGGAUGAUCAAGGAGGCUUUGGCUGGCAAAUCGGACUACUUCGCCCCAAUGUGGGAGGAGCCAGCUGUUCAGGACCGACUGGAGCAGCACAUUCCUGGCUGGAAGGGCCUGAACUACCCGAGUCUGGUGCAUCAAGAGAGGCAUGACAUCCGUCAUUGGUGUCCGACGGUUCUCAGCCGUCUCAGCCAAGUCCAGGGCGGCUCGGCUGAUGAGAGGCGUGCUUGCAAGCAUGUGCCUGAUGCCGGUGCAGCUCCAACACUGAGGCAGAAGCAUGCAGACCCACCCGCGCAGCGUUUGCCUAGCCAGGCCAACGCGGAGCAGGUGUUCUUCAGACCAGCUUCACAUGAUGCAGCCACGCUGGCCCUGAAUGGUGAGGCAGAGCCGAAAUGGCGAAUUGAGGUGGUGGAGGAGCCAGAUGACCCAUUCGCAUCCAUUCGCCAUUGCUCGACAGCUUCCCGGCUGGACUCUGGGGUAAAUCCUCGGGAUGUCCGCCGAGGCGGCGGCUUUGACUGUGAGUGUGAGAAGGAGGCCCUUGCGAAAGCCAAAGAGUAUGCCAAGACAGCAGCAACGCAGGAGGAGGUGCUGAAGCACCUGAAGAUGUGGGAGGGCUGGGGUAGAUAUCACAGCUCCAUCGUGCUGGGCCCAGAUGAGGAGAUAAGCCUGCCAGCCCGUGAAGAGCCCGAUCCAGACAAUGUGGGCUUCGCCUACCCGCUGCCUCCUGUAGAGUUUCCAUUGCGCAACACGAAGCGAUAUCCUCCACCGACAGAGGAGGAUGCCUGCCGCGAAAUGUUCAAGCUAUUGCACUACGUCUGUGAGCAGAAGCUAGCACCGAAGAACUCCGUUCUGAGCGUGGUUUACAACUGGAUCAAUAGCAAUCGGAGGGACAGUCCGGUGUGGCAGCGCGGCCUCAUCAAAGUAGGUGGAGCGCAGAAGCUCCUGGAACUCUGGCAAGACGAAACUUCGGAAGCGCAGGAGGAUGGUGAGGAGUACCCCUGCCGAUACUGGGUGCUUGCCAUCGUGGGUAGAAUGAUGGGCACAGAACAGGAGCUGCUGCCUGAGAGCAACAUGUCGCAGGCAUGA